GUUCAGUCAGUCAGUUUCCAAGUCAGGUCGUCUCUUCGUCGCUGGAGUUUCCCUCCGACAACCCACUUCUCCCGCCACUCGAGAGAUACACACAAGACCAACAGUACAGAAGACGAGCGCGCGCGCUGAGUGGCCCCCCGCCCGUCAUCAGCCGACAAACGCAAGCAAGAUGCCGCCGCGAAGCAGCGAUGAGAAUGACGAGGACGACGACGACGAGUUUGGCUUUGACCUCAGCGACGGCAGCAGUGGAGACAAUGCUGCAAAGCCAUCUACACUCACACUUACGCUGCGGAGACCCGCGGCGGGAGGAGCAGGAGCAGGAGCAGGAGCAGGAGCAGCGACAACGGCAGCCAGUUCAAGCCAGCUAGGCGAUGCCUCAACCGCAGCGCGCAGCAGCCCCAACCCGGGAGCAGCUCCUGCAGGCGUGAUUGAGGAUUGGGACGACGAGUUUGACGACGACGACGACGCAUUCAGCAUGACCUCGCAGGAGACUGCAAAGUUCCACCGCACGCUCAGUGUCGUCCGCAGCGCCGCCGUCAACCACGUCCGUGUCAAGAACGAAGUGCCGUCCGUCGAUGCCGAGCAACUCCCCGAAGGUUUUAACGUCGACGAGAUUGAUUGGGGCGAGAACACGGACGACGAAGAAGAUGCUCAAAAGUUCCUCAAGGAGCUCAAGAAUGCUAAUAGUAGUGCGGCAGCAGGAGGUGGCAAAUCGGUCUCUUUCGCGGCCAAACCUCAGAGCACUUCCUCAUCAUCAGCAACGUCCGGCAGCUCGUCUGGACGAACAUCACCAUCGUUUGUGACAAAGCGGCUACCAAGGCGCAUUCCUUCCUCUGCAGGGUCUUCAUCCUCCCAAGAAUCGUCACCGACGGCGGCUCGCAAAGCGGUCGCAUCAGCAGACAAACCCUCAGGAACAAAUUCUACGACUAGUAUUGCACCAACCGCGCCUGUAGCUGCAGGUCCUGUGACGCCAAAGAAACCUGCAACGAUUCAACCAUCCACGGAUGACGAUGCGGAUGAUGAGGACGAGGAUUGGGAUGCAGAGUUGGGCAUUGCGCCGGUCGGCAAUCCCAGCUUGAAGUUGCUCCUCAACUCUUCGCCAUCGCACAGCGGCAGUUACUCCACCCCCGUCUCCACCAAUGCCAACGCCAGCGGAUAUGGUGCAAGUAACGGCCUCGGGUUUUCGUCUGGAACAUCCGCUUCGGAUGCACGAGACGAGCUCGAGCAGUUUGGAUUUCGAAGAGCGUUUCGAUUGGGGAGAGAGCCAGCAAACGGCGGCAUUUCACGCUCCAACUCUAUUCCCACCGGCAGUGUGCGUGGUGCGGAUGCUAUCCCUGCCUCGUUGCGCCUUGGUGCACCGGGUGCUGCUUCUGUUACCACCACCAUCACCGCCGCCGCCGCUGCCGGCAAAUCAUCCACCACAACCACCUCCAAGUCAUCCGUUUCCGCGGCACCCAUCUUCCCAACAGCAAUACCCACAGCAGCGCCUGCCUUGCAUCCAUCACAAAUUCCUACCGAGCUGUAUUCCUUGAAGCUCGGGAGAACCUUUCAGCACUCAUUGUCCUUGGGAGAUGCAGAAUCUCCAUCGGGUUCGCCCGCCAGUACUUCUGGGUUGCUGUCGUCAUCUCCAGGCAGCGUCACCACGACAGUUUCAUCCACGUCGUUUGCAUCCACAUCGCUCUUCCAAACAAUCGAGGAGCAGAUGAAUUGGCUGUCACAUCUCGUGUCAAAGCACCUGCUCUUUGCCCACCACACUUCCAGCGAGGCGGAAGCGACCCCCGCCCAACUCCUCCACCGAGAGCGACUGUCCGCAACCGAAAUCCAAAGCAACUUGCGGCAAACUCUGUGCACAGUCAAAGUCCACACCGUUCCCUGGGCGGAGGCAUACUACCUGGCUGUUCGGCAGUUGGAACGCUGUGGAGAUCGCGAGCAAUGCUGGCUCUCCUGCAAGAGCUUUUUCGAUCAACUAGCGACCAUGACCGCGUCCAAUGUUUUCGAACGAGAGGGCGUGACCCAUAUCGCCUUUUACCUGCUCUCGGUCGCCGCGAAAGCCGUGCCAAGCGAUGCUCUCGGCCAGCCCGUCAUUUCCACCUUCUCUGCGAUGGCCACCACCCUCACGACCAUUGAGCCUCAAUACCGUGACGCCACUCGGCUGCUCGAAGUUGAAAUGCAAGUGCAUCAUGCGCGGAAAGCCCAAACGCUGUCAAUCGACCACCUAUUGCCGGCGCUCUGUAAAGUCUAUCAGCGAGCAAGUCUGGCAGCUCAGCCGCCUCUGGAAACCACUCCGCUGGAGCGUACACCCCUAUUUUGCCAGGCGCGGGCGCUUUUGGACUUGCAACUCAUUCUCCAGACCUUUUCGCCGCUGACGGCGUCGCCAAAACCCACUCGCCGCAUGCGACAUAUGGAUUCCCUGGACGCUGAGGUCAACCUGUCCCCAAAACCAGCAGGACUCGGCGCUAAUAAUGCCGGCUCCUCGGGAGUGGCCCGUGGGCUGUUUGGAAGUUCACCUUCGGGCGGCGAGAGCCCAGACUCGUCGUCCAGCAAUGCUGGAGCCGGAGCGAGGGCCCGGUUUGGCAGCCGCAGUCGAAUUUCAAUGCUCAACCCACUCGAAUCCGCCGCUGCCAACGCGACCGACAUUCCGAUCGACGCCCAGCUCUUGUCGUCAGCCUCGUACCGCAUGCGGCUGCUCGACGAGGUUUACGCUCGCUUGCCGCUGUCGCCCAUCAAGGCCAAGGCGGCGUACGCGCUGGGCGUGCAUUUCUGGCACGAUCUCAACGACAAUGUUCGUGCCGAGCGCGUGCUGAUGGAGUGUCUCGUUGUGCUCGAUCGGUGCCGGCCCGUGCUCCCGCACUUCCCGCACAUCAUCAGUGGUCUCGGUCGCAACGCUCUUCGCGUGUUUGGCGAACUGCUCUUGUCAAAUGAUCGGUACGAACUCGGAGUGCUCGCUCUCGAAGAGUCGGUUGUGCUCAGCACGAUGCAGACCAACGAGCAAGCGGAACGUCAGCAACUCAGUCGACUGGCUGCUGUCGCGGCCGAUCAUCACGACAUGCGCCGCGCACUCGAGUACUACUCCCAUCUGCUUUCCAUCAUGAAGCGAGAACGCAAGACCAACGAGAUUGUGCACAUUUCCGUCCUGAUGGCCAACAUGUUUAGCGAGCAAGGUCUGCAUGCACGAGCCGUUCGAUGCAUGCGCCGCGCCAUCCAGCUUGUGCCAUCGACCACCCGCACCAAGCCCAUGCAGUAUGCGCCAACGUCCUCCGACACCACCGGACUCCCUGGCGCCAAAGCCACGCCCGCCACCAUGAACUUGGCUGCCCCUGCCGUUGUACCCAGCGCAUCGCUCGCACGCAUGGAUCCCAUGUCGGCCACAGUCAAUUCGCGCCUCGUUCGUCUCCAUGUCGACGACGGGUUUGAAAUUGAAAAGGGCAUUGAUCUGCUGGAGCGCAUGCUCGAAAACGUGCAUCCCGAAGCGCGCCACGGCACGCUGCAGCUGCGACUGGCCGAGGCGUACAUGAAGAAGCGUUGGCUGGAUGAGUCGUCCGGUUUGCUUCUCACCCACCAACCCAUGUCGUCAUGCGGCUCGCUCGUCCCAACGUCUUCUUCUGCUUCUUCUUCUGCUUCUUUUUCGUCACCGCAAGACGCCAUCAUAGCACCGUCUGAAGGUGACGACGAGCACGCCACGCUGCGGCCUAUCGGUGCGAUUGCCAAGCAUCUCAAGACAAAGUCGCUGCCGCACAUUCCCAUCCAAUUCCGACGACGGCAGUCCAAUGCCAUGACCACCAUUGGCGAGGCCAGCAACGGGGCGGAGGCUGGCAACGGGCUUGGCACAAGUCCUCCCGCAGGGGAUGGACAGAGCAACAACAACAACCCUGCCAGUGGCACUGGUAUCGCUCACGGUCUCGCAGGAGAAAAGUACUCCACCCUGGGGCAUGCGCGCAACUCGGCAAACAUUGCCAGUGUCGCAGACAUGUACUCGUUCCACGUUCUGCCCUUCUCGAACAUGAGGAUGAUUCAAGACACAUUCGACUUUUGGCUUCUGGUCGCUCGCAAUCACUACCACGCCGAGCGUCACUCUGAGGCGAUCUCGGCGUGUGCUCAGGCUCUCAAAUAUGUUCAUCCAAACAACUUGAGCGCCUUCGCGCGGGUGUCGUACUUGCGCGGCAAAGUCUUGCAGCAUCUUUGCCGAUCUUCAACAAUGGUCGAGUUUCCCGUGCGUCUGCCUCAGUCUGCAGACACGGCAACCGAUCCCAACCCCUCGGCGCUGCACCAACAGCAAAUUUUGCAACAGCAACAACAGCAACAGCAGCAGCAGCAGCAGCAGCAUCAGCAGCAGUCUGCUGCCGGCGGCAAGGGCUUCCAGAGGACUGUUUCGGUUCGCUCGACGACCGUUGGGCGCGCGUCAGUCCCCACGGUGGUCACCAGUGGAAGAUCCACCGCAGCACCUGCUGCCGAAUCAUCCACUCCCGGCAGCGCUAAAAAGGCGAGUGCAACCACAGCUGCAGCGUCAGCCAUGUCGCAGCUGCUCCAGAACAAGGUGUCCUUCGAAUCCACCGAAGAGCUCGUUCGCGCGGCCGCGGCCCAGUUCCAGCGCGCCUUUGAACUGUAUCGCGCCGUUGGCGAUGACCUGCACAUGGCCAAAGCACUGUGUCGGAUUUCCGAAACCUACCUUGAGCGUGUCUUUGCCCCCGUUUGCCUGCUCAACUUGCCUCGUGGCGACUUUAUCGGCGAGUCUGGAUCCGGCGGCGCAUCGGCAUCCACGCCGGUCAAAUCCGCCACCAAGCCCCAGUCUGGCGCCGCCAACCGCCGCAAGCUGGUUGCCUUGGAGGCCAUCGAGCAACCGCUCGUGACCGUCCUUGACACGGCGAAUGAGAUGAAUUCGCUCUUCCUCAUGAUGCGCGGAUUGAUUUCCAUGGCAGAGCUCCGGCUGCUCCAGGGCAACGUGGCUGGCGCUCUCGUGUUCUGGACGGAGUGCCGUGACCAUUUUCUGUCCGUGUUUUACAGCGGCGUGCGUCUGUUGCUGCCCGCCACGAGUUCGCCAGGGCUUACAUCGCGUCUUUUGUCGCUUUGUAAGCGCAUGGUGCGGUUUAUGUUUGGCGUCAGCUCGGACUUGAUCAACCGCAACUAUGUGCUGCUGGACUUGCUCCUGCAAGUUGAAGCGGCUCACGACGCGGCGCACAAGUGGAAUGCUGACGGCGAGCUCACGACGCUGUCUGGCUUUGAGGCCACCACAACCGCGUACGGCAAGGGCCGAAGGACGGCCAAGGCAAAGUCGGGCAAGGUUGCCACGGCUGGUGGCAACAAUCGCGCUUCCAACAAUCCCAACGAGAAUUCGAGCAGCGACAGCUCUGGCAGCAUGAGCUCGGGCAGUGCGGGGAACAGCUUGUCCUCGGCUGCCAAUGCCCAAAACGCGAUUGCGCAAAUGGAAGACGAUCUGGCGCUCACUCUCAGUCGCACAAGAGGCAAAACACUCGAGCCCGCACGCCGCUCGGGCCACCCGCCGCUCACCAAGCAACCAUCGAGCACCAUGCAGCAACAGCAGCAGCAGCAACAACAACAGCAACAGCAACAGCAACAGCAACAGCAAUCGGUCCAGUCGCAGUCGCAAAAGCCCGAUGGUGCGAUGCCGUACCACGCGUCUACUCCAAUCAAGAUUGCAAAGCCCACUUUGGAGAAAAAGCCAACAAUGACUGCAAUCUUUGACUCGAUGACCAGCAGCAGCAGCAGCAGCAAUGGCAAUACGAGCACUGCAUUGUCUGGGGCCGAGCCAGCAGCAACGACGCCGGCAGCUGCCACCCGCCCUGGUCGCAUGCCCAUUCCUGCAUUUGUGUCGAGCGACGUCACCUCGGCCACGACGUCUGUCGCAAGCACCAUCAAGGGCGCUCGCGAGGACGAUACCAUUUCGAUGACGUCAACGCUCUUCGAGUCGACCAGUCUGUAUGGCGCAGAGUGCUACGACUUGAUUGGCGAUGUGGUGGAUUGCAAAGAUGAUGCCGUGGUCGCUCAGCACGUCUGGGCUUGCCUCCAACACAUGCGACGGCUCGCUCGAAAGUACUCUGCCAGCGAAAUCACACAGCAAGAACUGCGCACCUACAACCGAGUUUGUCUCGACAAUCUGCGCGCAGCUGUCGCCCGGCAUACGCUCAUCAAUCUUGCCAUGUGUCCGGAGGCCCAGCUCACAACCACUGCCGCUGCGGUCGACGCUGAUCCCCGGCAUGGCACCUUGCUCCUUCAGCGUCGUCGCUUCCUUUCCUUGCCUGAGGUUGCCGGUCAAGUUCCGCGCCUCCGGCGCACAAUGUAUGCCCUGCGCGUCGAUGACCUGUCGCUGUGCCACUCAUCUCUCGAUGUCAAGGCUGGAUUCCGCCCCGUGCAGCGUCUCGGUGGCCGUCCGUUGGUGGAAGACCAAGCAUCGCGAGACAGCGUCACAUUCCAGGCGCUCAAAACAAUGGUGCUGCACCUUCGCUUUGCCAUUCUGGACAUGCCCGAGAGCAACGUUGAGAUUAGUCUCUCGGCCAUUACGCCCAUCGAGUUGCUAUGCUCCUUCCUCAAGCAGUUUGCCGUGUCUGGCAUCACCAAAUCCCGUGUCGAGCCCAUUAUUGAAGUGACGUCGUCCGGCUCUGGCUUCCAGCAAUUGUUGCUUGCCAUGUUUGAACAGUCGCUCGCCUCGUUCUCGGGUGGUGUAUCUUCGCCGCAUGCGUCCAUCAGCAGCCUGGGCAGCGGUCCCGGUGGCUUGAUGGGAGGCGCCGGCCUCGGCGGCGGCUCGAGCGGGAGCGCACCAAGUGGCGGAGGUGGGCAGGGCGGCAGCUCUGUGAAGGGCAUUCAAAUGUACGGCGUCUCUGGCCAGUCGUUGGCGCACUUGUCGCUUGACAGCUCCGAACAUCUCUUGUUCCAGCUGUUUGAUCCAAACGUACUGCGUCUUUGCUCGUCGCACGACCCUCUGCUCGUGUUCCUGUCAUCGGAGCCCAUCACCACCGGCCCAUCGACUGUCGGAAAGAGCACGUUCAACAGCCUCAUCACAUCCCACGGCAGCACAAGCGGCUCCAUCUCGGGUGGCGCCGGCUUUGGCAACCAGCUGGUGCAGGCUCCGCCCGUGUUUUCAGGCAGCGCGACACGCUCGCAUGCGUUCGGUGCGCUCUCCAGCAUUGUCGAUGUGGACGAGCGAUUGCGCUCCCGCGUGGGCCUGCGUCCCAUCCUCACUCCCGGCAAGUACCGGUCGAGCCUGUUUACUCCUCGCAUGUGCGUGCUGCUCGACUAUCUUUUGAAUGUGACGCGGCAUCCUUCCAUCGAAGGCGAGGUCUUGAGCCUCGACGAGCAGCUUCAUAUUGUUCGAGGCAUGCGUGCCACUGUGCUCAGCAACAUGGCGCCUCUCCUAACGGCGCUGGCAACCUGCAGCGAGAGUUCCUUUGGUCUGGACGACGAAACGCGAGCUCCAACUUCCCAUCUGUUGGAUGCUGGUCCUGCGGCUCGCCAUGGGGACAGCGCGCGCAAGCCUUCUCCACAAGGAAGCGUCUCCAGUACCGGCACCGCGGGCUCGUCACUCGCAUCUCACGCGCUGUCCUUGCCUGGGUCGAACUCUUCUGCCGGCUCGCAGCAUAUCGCACUCAUUUCUUCGCGUGCCUUCCACGCCCUGCCGUGGGAGAUUAUCGCCAGCAUCGAUCCACACGCUCUUUCGUCAAGGGCUGGCGGUGUGCGCGCGUCCUUGCUGCGCUUUUUCAACUCGCACGAUGCUGUGAUUGACAGCCUGGCUCGUCAACCUGUGGCCCGGUCGCCCUCGCUACCUGGCACUCUUCGCCAUCCACCCAACGAGUCCGAUUCUUCUGCGCUGCCCGGCCUGAUGAGUCUCACGACGGCUCCUUCUGGUCUACCUGCUUCGCUCGGCUACACCCCCGGCAGCCUUCCGCAAUACUUUUGCUUUUGCUAUUCGUGGGAAGAUCCCAACAUGGAGCCAACUCCCGAGCAAGUCAAUGUCAUGCGCCUUUCCUUUGUGCUUGAAACCUUAUGGAAUCAGUUUGGUGUUCGUACAUCGAUUAUGGGAGGCAAUCGCCUUUGUGCGUCAACUGCUCCCUUCCACAAUCCUGUUGUUCGAGCUGGAAAGAAGGCGUCAACGAUCAAGAAGAAGUUCAAAGUGAUUGACUUUAUGGACGUGACAGUGCUUACGGAUAAGAAUGCCAUGCUUCAGUAUGUUGUCAACAAGCUCAACCCGAAUUGCUACCCCGUGCUCAUCUUCACAUGGGCGGACUUGCUCGACUUAAACCCCAUCAUGGUGUCCCUGCUUCGAACAAAACGCAUCUCGGUCUUGUGCGCUCCUGGACAUGCCAUGAAACGUCUGGCCAAGGAAUUGACACGAUCACAUGAGCACUUCCUCAAAGCGACCAAGCGGAACUCUUCGCGUCCGAAUGUUUUGCAGGAAGUCACCGACUACUUGCCAAAGCUCAUUUCCGACUUGCAAGAGCUGUCUGGCAUUCCCGUAGCGCUCCUGAACGCACCCUAACCGUCGAGUUUCUGGUUGUAUUUUGUAGUUGUCAUUGUGUUUGUCUGUACUAUUUUUUUGUUGGUUUGUGUAACCUUGUCGUUCGUAUGUUGUUUUUUUCCUCAUAAUUCAUAUCAUAUUUGAGUAGAUCUACAACUUGUUCAAUGAAGGACAAACGUUAUUACAGUGGAUUAAUG